AUGGCGGAGGUGGUAACGGGAGCAUUUCUCUCCAGUAUGUUUCAGUUUCUGUUCGAGAGGAUGGAUUCACCCGAGAUUCUUGCCUUCUUCAUGGGUCGCAAACUCAACCGUGCACUGGUGAGGAAGUUGAAGAUUACUAUGAUCAUUGUUAAUGGAUUGAUUGAUCAAGCUGAGGAGAAGCAGAUUGUUAUGCGUACUGAGAAGAAGUGGCUCGAUGAGCUCAAAGAUGCGGCCUAUGAGGCCGAUGACUUAUUCGAUGAGAUUGCUUAUGAAGCUCUGCGAUCAAAGUUGAAUGCUGGAUCUGUAGCAAGAAAAGUGAGCAAGCUUUUCUCUUCUCAUAACUCAUUUGAAAACGCAAUGAAUGCAAAAUUAGAAGAGAUCCUUGAGCUGCUUGAAUGUUUACUGAGACAAAUGAAUGCCCUUGGUCUGAAUUUGAAAGACGACCUUGGAGAUGAGCCAUCAUCGCACAAAACACCAACUACUUCAGUAAUACCAUAUGGCCAUUUUGGUAUCUAUGGUAGGGAACAUGACAGGCAAAAUAUCAUACGGUCACUGUUAUCUAAUGAUAGCAAUGGCGUAAGUGCGAUUUGCAUAGUUGGUAUAAGUGGUGUCGGUAAAACCGCCCUUGCUCAGCAUGUCUACUACGACAAACAAGUAGAUAGGCACUUUGAUCUCAAAGCAUGGGUCUAUGUCUCAGAAGAAUUCAAUGUCUUCAAGAUAACAACUGAUAUUUAUAACCAGGUCUCUUCAGAGGACAUUUAUAUGGUCAAGUGUUCCAAAGAGCUUCAACUAGAGCUGAAGCAAAAAUUAAAGGGGAAAAAAUUUUUGCUCGUCUUGGAUGAUGUCUGGAGUGAUGAGCUUACUGAAUGGGAAAGUUUAUUGGAACCUUUGGAGGCUGGGAGACAAGGAAGUAAGAUUGUUGUUACAACUCACAAGGAAAGCGUAGCAUCAGCUUUGCAACAUUACCAUAUGCACAUUGAUAUUCAUAAUUUGGAGAAACUAAGUGAUGAUAAUUGCCGGCACCUGCUUGAAACAUAUGCAUUUCAUAAUCAAGUUUCCCAUUCAUCACAUUCAGUCUUUGAAGAUGUUGGCAAGAAAAUAGCCGAAAAUUGCAGAGGUCUACCAUUAGUUCUGAAAACAGUUGGGAGUCUCCUCCGAUCCAAAAGAAAUGUUCAAGAAUGGGAAGAGAUAUUAAAGAACAUGUUGCCGAGUGACAACAUUCUUUCAACUUUAAAAUUGAGUUAUUAUUCUCUCCCUUCGCAUCUGAAACAAUGCUUUGCUUAUUGUGGAAUAUUUCCAAAGGGUUAUGAAUUCUACAAGGAGGAUUUGGUCCGUUUAUGGAUGGCAGAGGGUUUUAUAAUAGAAGCCAAAGACGGUAAUGAUAAUGAAGUUGUGGGUGAUGCAUAUUUUAAUGAUCUUUUGUCAAGAUCUUUCUUUCAAAUGUCUGGUGGCUCUCAGAAAUGCUUUGUUAUGCAUGACCACAUUUAUGACUUAGCCAAAUCCAUAUCUGGAGAAUUUUGUUUCAUGAUGGAGGGUAAAGAUUCAUCCGUUGAGGUUCCUUCAAAGACUCGCUACUUGUAUGUUCGUCAUGGAGAUAGUUGUCAUUCACAUGCAUUUGCGAUAUUUGAAUUUCCGCGGAGCAUCAAUCAGAAAGCUACCUCAUUCUAUGAGUAG